AUGAUGAGGGGCGCCGAGCUGCUGCUCGGUUAUAUUCUGGUCAAAGUGGCCGUCUGCGACGCGGAGGGCGAGCCGGCUCAGGCGCUGGACGAAUUCAUGAUAGUGACCGGGUUUAACGAGUCCGCAGAGGAGGACAGGGUCGUUACGCAAAUCCCGCACACGGAGGACAGGUGCCGGGGCUACUACGACGUGAUGGGCCAGUGGGACCCGCCGUUCAUCUGCAGGACGGGCAGCUACCUGUACUGCUGCGGCACCUGUGGCUUCAGGUUCUGCUGCGCGUUCCAGAGCUCCAGGUUGGACCAGACCACCUGCAAAAACUAUGACACCCCACCCUGGAUGAUGACCGGCAGACCCCCCCCAAAAGUGGACGUGGCGCUGGAGUCUGCGAAGGAUAAAUCCAACCUCAUCGUGUACAUCGUGUGCGGGGUCGUGGCCAUGAUGGCUCUGAUUGGGAUUUUCACAAAGCUUGGAUUGGAAAAGACGCACCGUCCCCACAGAGAAAAUAUGUCAAGAGCUCUAGCACACGUGAUCCGCCAUCCUGCAUCAGACCAAACGGAGGACAUUGGACUCAGCCAACAGUAUGAGAACAUACAAACCAGACUGACGCUUAACAGUUUCCAUAACAACCAGAUGAACAAUGUGGCUCAGUCACCGAUAAGUCAGCCAUAUCCAGCAGUGGGACAAAUCACCAGCCCGUAUGAGCAACAGACGCCCCUCAAGGAUCUCAACAAGUACACCACUCUGAAGGCUGUGGCAGAGAAAGGUAAUGACAGCUACCAGAGCGGCCGGCUGACCGCCUUGGAGAUGACAACCAAAGGCAGCCUUCCAAUGGAAGGCAUGGAUCUGGAACCGGAGCCAAGUAAUCCUUACAGCCCACCCAGACAGCUGCACAAUAAGCAGAACGGGCACAAAUACAGAAGUCCCAGGACCUACAGCUCCCAGUCACUGUCUCACAGCUCCAGCGCUGCGGCCAGCCCCGGGGUGCUGAGACCCUGGCCCAGCAGGGACACUCUGGGACACCGACAGGGUUACGGCCCAAAGAAACUCUGCAUCGUGGAAACUGAGCCACACAACAUUCGCUACAUGCCUCCACAGCCGUACUUCGUCACCAACAGCAAGACAGAAGUCACAGUAUGAAGGACUGUGAUCACCAGGCUCAGAAUGAGUCUGCGUUUAAAAAAGAAAGCAUCCCAAGAAAGCAGCAGAGACUGUACCAAGAGCAUUGGUGUAAAGAAUAGAGGUCCAAACCAUGAUGGAAGUAUGGACCAGUCACUGUGCCUCAGGAGGGCAGAGUGAUAAAUAUUGCGUGAAUGAUACUCAUAACCCAACUGUUAAAGUUGCGUAAGUUAUAUCACAGUGUUAGGUUGUUAUACAUUAAGCACUGUUGUAAGUAUCUGUGAAAAUCUCAAAGGGACUUUAAAAUGAGGGUCUGUUUUUUAUUUUUAAAUGAAUGGUUUUGAACUCAUGACGUUGUGAAAUGGAAGGAAGAUCCUCAUUUGUAAUCAAAGUUGAGAAGCCAGAGACACAUUAUUUAUUAAAUACAUCAGUGCACCAUGAAUUCUAAGAAAAGUUUACAAAAUAUCAGUAAAAGACUGCGUGAUGGAGAGUGCAAACUAUUCUAUUUGUGCUAUGUGCUUAGUGUUGAGUUAGUGUCAGGUUUGAUUUGAUUUUUUUAUCAUGUUUUUUUUAUUAUUAAGCUCCUCAUUGAAUAUCACACACAAUCACAAUCUGCUUUUAGAUUUGUACAUUUGUUCACGUAAAGUAAAAAAGCAUGCACAUUUAAGAACAAAACCAAUAAAAGAGCAACACUGUUUACAAAAAAGUUGUCUUGAUAUUUAAAAUCUAAAUUACAAAAGGAUGAAAUAGUUAAUUAAGAUUUAAUAAAUGCCAUGUUUCUGAUGCUGAAACUGUGAUUCUGUUUUUCGUUUUGAAAAAUAAAUGCAUUUUUUUAUUUGAUGCUAGAAACAUCUUUUCAAAAAAUGUGUACAUGUGCCCUGAUGUUAGAUUAAAAACAGACAUGAUUGUCAAGUUUAAAUCAAUUGAAUUCACCCUAAAACAAGUGCCCAUUGGUCCACUGCUGAAUGGUAAUUCCAGCUUUUCUCCUUAGCCCUUACCAUGUAGCUUUAAUAUCUAAUCUAAAUGACUGGUAAUGCUAUUAUGGUAAUGGUAGCUUGGACAGGUUCCAGUCCACUCUGAAUUAGAGUAGGCAGCUAUAGAAAACAGGCGGCCAGUGUUAGUUUAGUUUGUCUGCAAUCCAACAUGCAUCAUCCACUCAAAAUAAGUUGAACACUAUGAACUGAAAAUGAAAUAGAGACACAUGACCAACCUCUAUUUUACAGUUUCAGAUUUUAUUUUAUUUUAUUGAGAAAGAGGUUUCAAUAAAUUUCAUGUCUUUUGAGAACAUCAAAUGAAUUUGGUGUCCUUACACAGAGGACUCAAUAUGACUUUUUGAUGAGACAUAAGACCUAUUCAAAUCAGCUUUUAAAAUAUCAGGCGUGUUAUUUAAAAAAUAAACAUCAAUGCUCAAUCAAAACCAAGUAACUGUCAGUUCUAACCUAACACAAAGCUGCCUGAACUUUCAGAACCAGAGUGAAAUACAGCUCUUAUCUCAUAUGUGAUGAUAUACAAAGCACCAGUGAUUGCUUUCAAAAUUUCUUUUCCACAACACCACCAAGAACAACAGGGUUUGAGUCUUUAAUGUCUUUUUGUUAGACAAUUUCGGACAUUUGUGACUUCAAUUCCAAAUCAUACAUUAAUGAACUUUCACAAACAGUCUCCACACUAGUGCUGAGUUUUAUCGUGAUAGGGAAUGUAACAGACUUUUAUCAGCCAUAACACCAACGAAUGGGUCAUCGAAAUACAUUUGAUCUCUAUAACCUGAUUUACAUCAAUUUUAUCUGCUACUUUGGUUUUGUUGUCUUUACCCUUUGUUAUCUGGUGAAGCCGAUUACGAGUCCUAUGUGCCAGUCAAUGAUGCGUGAGAGAAGAAAACAUGCAGCUGCACUCUGAACUGUUAAAUGCAACAAGAAAGUGGAAAUGGCAAGUUUAUUGGUAAAGUUAUGUCUUCUGAAAUUUUAAUUUCUAACAGAACAUAUAACAUUUAAAACAUUAAACAUUAUGCACACUUCUGUAUUUGGGUUGAUAUUCUCACAGACCAAGCACUAUUUUCCAAUAAGAUUUUCAAAUAAUUGAUUGAACUAUGUGAAUAUUUAUUUUAAAGUAACAUGAUAUGAGAUUUUAUUCAUCCAUAUAAUAUUCUGUUGCCAUUACGUACUAUUGUUUU